GCGAGAUCCAGCGCUCGCUAUGAACUUGAGCAAAGAUACAUUAUACUGCCGUAGCCAGCUUGGUUUCGGAGUUUACCAACUAAAAGAGUGUUAUGAACAAGUAUAUACAGCAUUGCUAUCUGGUAUACGAUUAAUUGACAGUGCAAUAAGUUAUCGCAACGAACGAGAAUGUGAACGUGCAAUUCAAGACUUUUGUACGAACCACCCGUAUGUGAAACGAGAUGAAAUUACUUUAGUUACAAAAAUACCAGAUUCCUUGCAAGGAUUUGACAGAACUUGGAAGGCGGUUUUUCAGUCUUUGCGACGUGUGGACCGGCCUUCUUUGGAUAUGGUAUUAAUUCAUUCGCCCAAAUGGCCUGAGCGGCGAACAGAAUCGUGGCGUGCACUCGUUAAAUUAAAGGAGGAAGGAUUCAUUCAAGAAAUAGGUGUCUCCAACUAUAACAUUCAUCAUUUAGAAGAGAUUGCUGCUUCUAAACUUCCACUGCCAGCGGUUAAUCAAAUCGAAUUAUCCACUUUUAAUAGCAGGCAAGAAAUACAAAAAUAUUGUUCGGCUCAUGGAAUCGCUCUCAUGGCAUUUUCUCCUCUUACUACAGGACAACGCCUUGACGAUAAUCGUCUCUUAGACCUAGCAGCCAAAUAUAAGAGGACACCAUCACAGAUCCUCCUGCGCUACUGCUUGGAACGAAAUAUAUCCCCAAUCUUUAAAAGUGAGAAGCUGGAUCAUAUUGUUGAAAACGCUAAUUGUAAAGACUUCCAAAUGAACUCUAAAGACUUAGCAUGGAUGGCUACCUGGGAUGAGGGAUUCAUAAGUAAGCCCUCGUGGAAUCCUAUUAUUCUUCCAUGAUUUAAUAAAAAUUUUAUUCAAGUA